AUGAGGCUCAACUGCAGCCCCUACGCGAUAGGAUCGCCCUUGUGGUUGCCAGGAGGGGGCCAAUUGGCCUCUGGCCCCUCUACUGACCUCCACAUCCUGUCUGGUGAACUCAUUGGUGCCAUUCUUCUUGUUGAUGAUCUCUGCUACACCGAUGACCUCACCUUCGGUAUUUACAGACCGGCAUGCACAACACACUCAUGGUCCUGUAGCUGUUCGAGGGUCGAUGCUGGCGUCGAACCUUGGGUCCUGGAGAGAAGAAGUCGAGUGUCGUUAAUGACAGAUCUUCAUCCUCCUUCUCUCAGUCUCGAACUCUCACAUCUGUCAUUAACGACACUCGACGUCUCUUCUCUCCAGGACCCAAGGUUCGACGCCAGCAUCGACCGUCGAACAGGCUACAGGACCAUGAGUGUGUUGUGCAUGCCGGUCUGUAACUACGAAGGUGAGGUCAUCGGUGUAGCAGAGAUCAUCAACAAGAAAAAUGGCACCAAUGAGUUCACCAGACAGGAUGUGGAGGUGUUCCGGCGAUACCUGACCUUCUGCGGGAUUGGUAUCCAAAAUGCACAGCUGUAUGACAUGUCCGUGCGCGAGUACAAGAGAAACCAGCUACUGUUGCAUCUGGCUCGUAUCUUCGAGGAGCAGACAUCUUUGGACCGGCUGGUUACCAAGAUCAUGACGGAGGCCCGGGAGCUGCUCAAGUGUGAGAGAUGCUCCGUGUACCUCCUCGACCCCCAGACAGCGGGGAGCGCAGUGGACGACAAGAAGAACAGCAGCAAAGACAAUUCCCAAUCUGCAGAGACGCUGGUCAUCAGACAAUCAGUGGCACCAACUCCGGCCCAACUGAUGGAGAUCCCUCCAGAGACGCUGACGGUGCAUAUGGCCUUCGAACUGCAGUCUCAGGAGGGCGAGUGUAGGAUCACACGCCCUUCCUCCUCCCAGCUGGCCGCCUCCGUCCACGCCCGCCUGGCCAACUACGUGUGUUCCACCAACCAGACUGUAAACAUCAACGACGUGGUUGAGUGGCUGGGCACGACUCUCAGGGAUGGUGAGUUUGUUACUCACAGCGUCUUAACUAUCCCAAUCUUCAACUCUUCGAGAAAGAUCCUCGGUGUGGCCCAGAUGAUCAACAAGGAGAACGGUCUUCACUUUACGGACCACGACAUCAACACCUUUGAGGCCUUCGCUAUCUUCUGUGGUCUGGGCAUCCAGAACACUCAGGUCUACGAGAAGGCUUGUCGACUGAUGGCACGGCAGCAGGUGGCCCUGGAGUGUCUCAGCUACCACGCCACGGCGUCUCAAGAUGACACGGAACGUCUCAGAACCGCUGAGAUACCCACCUCUCAGGACUUCGACCUUUACAACUUCGACUUCUGUGACUGCGUCUUGACGGACGAAGAGACGUGUAAGAGCGUCGUCAGAAUGUUUAUGGAUCUGGAUCUCCUCAGCUGCUUCCACAUCCCCUACGAGGUGUUGUGUCGGUGGUUGCUGAGUGUAAAGAAGAAUUAUCGACCAGUGAAGUACCACAACUGGAGACACGCAGUCACGGUCGCUCAGACUAUGUUUGCCUUACUUAAGACUGGCAAGAUGGAACAGUUCAUGACUGACCUGGAGAUGCUGGGGUUGCUGGUAGCCUGCCUGUGCCACGACCUGGAUCACAGAGGCACCAACAACAGCUUCCAGACCAAGACUGACAGUCCUCUGGCAAUCCUGUACUCCACCUCCACCAUGGAACACCACCACUUCGACCAGUGUGUUAUGAUUCUCUCGCAAGACUCCAACAACAUCUUCCAGUGUCUGUCAGCGGAGGAUUACAGACGGGUGAUGACGGUGGUGGAGACAGCCAUCUUGAGCACAGACAUGGCCAUGUACUUCAAGAAGAAGAACACCUUCCUCGAACUCUCAGACAACGGAGAAUUCGACUGGCAGAGCGAAGACAAGAAACAGCUGUUGUGCGGGAUGAUGAUGACAGCCUGUGACGUUUCAGCCAUCGCUAAGCCAUGGGAAGUGCAGCACAAGACAGCCAAACUGGUGGCUGAUGAGUUCUUUGAACAAGGUGACCUGGAGAGACUACAACUUAAUGAACAACCCAUGGCCAUGAUGGACAGAGAGAAAUAAAGAAUCCAACUCCCUCUCUUAAGGUAAGGAAUCCAACUCCCUCUCUAUAAGGCGCUGUCGGAGUCGUUCCCGUGGGUGAAGCCGCUGCUGGACGGGUGUCGCAGGAACCUGGAGCAGUGGAAGAGGCUGGCUGAGCAGGUGGACAUGGGACUCACUUGGAUCGAUCAUGAGUUCAUCGAGAAACCGGUUGAGAGGAACAAACUGGAAGUUAUCAGCAAGAUAACUCUCAACCCCAAGCCACCAGCACCUCCAGGAAACUUUCCCUCACCUCCUAAGGUGGAGAGUGAACGUGGGCGAGGUCGUCUUGGACUGGGAUCGGCGCUGAAGGGCGCCAGAGCUCUGAAGGGAGGUGGCAAGAGGCGCUCAGUUGAGAAGCGUCUCGACAGAGUGAUGGAUUCCUCGACGGACCAACGUCCCACGCACAUAUCUCCCAAGGACGAGGCUCCUCUUCCUUCCUCGUCCUCCUUCUCUGCUCCUGUCUCGCGCCAGGAGUCACAGGAUGAGAACGCCGGGAGAGCGAAGCACCAGGGCAAAGCCAGUAACAAGUUGCGGAGUAGACUCUGUGUCCUCCUGUGACCUGACUCAGGCCAGACCUCCUCUUCCUCCUCCAGCUGGCCUAGCCGCAGCCUGCAGGUGACCUGAGAAACCUGCCCAUGCGGUGAUGAAGCAAAGAUAUCCCAGGAGGUGACUUGUGGACCUGGCCACACCUUGGAAGACGAUGUGGACCUGGCCACACCUUGGAAGACAUUGUGGACCUGGCCAUACCUUGGACCUGACUUGUGGUCGCAUGAUCACUCUGAAACUGGCCUGAGACCCUGGAACUAACAGAAGGGGUACAUCAAACACGCCACUCAACUGACCUGUAGACACUAACCACUUCAGCAAUUGAUCUGUGGCAGUGUAGGGGGCUGUUGAACCAACCUUAAGGGCUUUGGUACUUGCCCUACGGGGAUCUAACCAAACCCUAAAACUAAUCAAAAAAAAAAAAUAAAUAAAACACUUGACCAAUCUCUUAAAGCGAACCGGAGACACAAUGAGGGUAACCUAGCAGUCGUUGCAGCGACGCAGCAGACUUUAAGAACACGACCCACGGGACGACUGAGCUCUCAGACGUGACCUGAAACAUUGCUGGCCUCUUCUCCCUUCUUCUAAGACGUGAUAGUAGCAAUAGAAAGUGAUGUAGGAGAGUAAAUAGUCUCAUCGCGACGAGAGAGGGCGCUAAAUGUAGCAACAACAGCAGUCGAAUCAUUGUAUAGGUGUGUAUGUGUGUAUGUGUUUUUUGUUUCCAUUUUUUGUGUUGUUUCGAGUAGCAAUACGAUUGAAUAUCCUGCGAUGGAUUCCCUCAGUGAAGGAGAGGAAGAAGAGAGCGAAUCCUUCGGUUCAUUAUGAAAGUCCGUCCUUAACAAGAUUUACUAACCUUAGAUGACGGACACUAAACAUGGAUGGUGGACACUAACCAUGGAUGGUGGACACUAACCAUGGAUGGUGGACACUAAUCAUGGAUGGUGGACACUAAUCAUGGAUGGUGGACACUAACCAUGGAUGGUGGACACUAAUCAUGGAUCGUGGACAUUAACCAUAGAUGAUUAACACUAACCAUGGAUGCUUAACACUAACCAUGGAUGGUUAACACUAACCAUGGAUGGUGGACACUAACCACGGAUGGUGGACAUUAACCAUGGAUGGUGGACACUAACCAUGGAUGAUUAACACUAACCAUGGGUGGUUAGCACUAACCAUGGGUGAUUAACACUAACCAUAGGUGGUUAACACUAACCAUGGGUGGUUAACACUAACCAUGGGUGGUUAACACUAACCAUGGGUGGUUAACACUAACCAUAGGUGGUUAACACUAACCAUGGGUGGUUAACACUAACCAUGGGUGGUUAACACUAACCAUGGGUGGUUAACACUAACCAUGAAUGUUUAACACUAACCAUGGGUGGUGGACACUAACCAUGGAUGGUGGACACUAACCAUGGAUGGUGGACACUAACCAUGGAUGGUGGACACUAAUCAUGGAUGGUGGACACUAACCAUGGGUGGUGGACACUCACCAUGGGUGGUGGACACUAACCAUGGGUGGUGGACACUAACCAUGGGUGGUGGACACUAACCAUGGAUGGUGGACACUAACAAUGGAUGGUGGACACUAACCAUGGAUGGUGGACACUAACCAUGGGUGGUGGACACUAACCAUGGAUGGUGGACACUAACCAUGGGUGGUGGGCACUAACCAUGGGUGGUGGGCACUAACCAUGGGUGGUGGGCACUAACCAUGGGUGGUGGACACUAACCAUGGGUGGUGGGCACUAACCAUGGGUGGUGGGCACUAACCAUGGGUGGUUAACACUAACCAUGGAUGGUUAACACUAACCAUGGGUGGUUAACACUAACCAUGGAUGGUGGACACUAACCAUGGAUGGUGGACACUAACCAUGGAUGGUAGACACUAACCAUGAGUGGUGGACACUAACCAUGGGUGGUGGACACUAACCAUGGAUGGUUAACUCUAACCAUGGAUGGUUAACACUAACCAUGGGUGGUGGACACUAACCAUGGGUGGUGGACACUAACCAUGGAUGGUUAACUCUAACCAUGGAUGGUUAACACUAACCAUGGGUGGUGGACACUAACCAUGGGUGGUGGACACUAACCAUGGAUGGUGGACACUAACC